GGUCUUCCACCAUUUCGCUGCGUAAAGUCUCCUCCCCGCGACCGCUACAUUCUGCGCCGAAACCCAGUCUCUCCCGGUCCGUAUUUUAACUUCUUCCCACAGACCUAGUGGUACCUCGUUGGGUACCGGGAGACAGUUUGGAUUACUGGCAUUACGGAUUGAGUGCGAUUUUACGCGGAUGACGGCUUCUUCAACGAGAAUUUAGUAAAAGAAAAUUGGUCGGAAAUUUCAGAAUAUGUGGAGGGGACCCUAAUUUCAGCAUCCUGGAAGUAGAAAGCACAGAAGAUCUGUGUCUCACACCACAGACAGGUGCAGUGUGUAGCCGGGGCAGCACAGAGGAAGGAAGCUCUGGGGAGGAGGCGGCGCGGCAGCGUGCCACUCCGGCUGUGGAUGUGCUGGGUGGCAACCCCCAGGCUGCACAGAAUGUGGCUGGGGAGUCACCUCGGCAUGCCCCGCAGCCGGUCGCAGCUGCCCCCCGCCCAGUCCCUCCGUUCACCAGUCUGUCCAUUGUGCCAUUGCCAGAGAACAACGACUCGGCAUUCCUCGGCAUGGAGAACGUCCCUCAGACCAAUCAGCCAAUCAGCAGUGACUUCAAGGACAGCGUCGCAGCAGAAGUCCGCGCUGAGGAGAGCGCUGCCGAAGUUGUCGGAGUUUCGAGAUCCUUGCCAACAUCCCUCAGUGACAAAUGUAGUUCCUCCGCUGAGAUGCAAUGGCUUCCAACUCCCCUUUGUCCCCCUCUCACCCCAGAUAAACAGCUUAACAGCACAGUGCAAGAGUUGCAAUAUGUGUCACAAACUGAUAAAGAGAAAAGCCCCUCAAUAUGUCAGACAGACCAGAUUCAGCCACCUAGAGAAGGUGCUGGACCUGUGGAUAUUACGGGGACAAAGGAGAAACAGUUCGUCUUAUUGGAAUAUAAACCAGAGACUGGGAAAAACAUGGAACUUGGUGGAAAAGAGCACACAGGUGGAAAUAUUCUCCUCCAGCCCAAAUCUCAAAUCAGUUUCACAGCCUCAUCUCCAUCUGUCCCACAAUCAAGUGUUGGUUUUAAAGUCCAAGACCUCACACAACAUGGGGCUACCACGCCGUCUGACAGGGACCCACUUGUCUGCCCAAACCAAGGCAGCCAUAUACCUCCCCCAGGUGCUGUGGAGCAGACCGGUGGUCACCAGGACUCAAAAUUAUCUGAGCUCCCUUUCCCCUCAUCUGGCAACAGUGAGAUUAAACAAACUGACCUGUCAAAAACACAACCUGAAAUCAUCAAAGAGAUCUCAACUGAUGCCAGAGAAACACAGAAGGCAAAUUCUUUGGAAUCAGUUGAGAUGUUCGAGCAUGUUAAAGAGCUCGAUGACACCUCUCACAAAGAAAGACAACCUCCCUCAGCUGAAAUACUUGAGAUCCCAAAAGCAAGAGAACCGCUUCCUGGGUUGUCCCCUUCACUUGGAAAAGGAGGAGCCGUGUCCGGCAGCACAGCUGCCAGAGAAGAACGCAACGUCAAGAGGAGCUGCGAUCCAAUCGUAGGAGAGCAGGUCGAGAGUGGCAUGAGGGAAGAACAAACUGACACGACCACCCCCCCAUCUGACUUCACAAUGCUGCCGGAGUGCUCUUACACACAGCAGAGUCACUCAAAACCCUCUGCAGCAACCCCUCCGUUUGACACAGGCGUGGUUGUCUCGCUGCAGGCGGGGCAGGCUGUCGAAGCAGAAACCUUGCGUCCCUCUGACCAAGUCCCCCCAACAGAGAUGCCACUGGCAGCCGAGAUUGUGCACUCGGCCGAAGCUCAAGAAAUUGUCGUCGUCAGAGAGGAGGCUCAUAUCAGCGGGGACUGGUCGAGCAUGCACCUGAAUCAGAGUUACCUCCUACAACGAGAAGACGGCAGCGUCUGUGAAGCUGCCAUUGUCAACGAGCUGAGUUCUGAACUCUCUACUGGGGAACCAAAGCUGUAUGAAGACAGUGUUCAGGCAGGUGUUGAGUUAGAUACACAACCCGUGGAAGUGUAUGAGUUUUGCACCCUGGUUGAGGAGGUUGCUGAGGAAACGGUCUGUGCCAGUAGUAGUGCCCAGGUGCCUCACUCUCCAGGAUACGAGAUGAACUUAUUCAACGCGUUACUAGAACACUCUGAGGAGUACACUGUUAAAGAGGACAUUGAAUCGUCUAUUCACACAAUGAAUGAAAGUGGCACUGUCAUCAUUUCCCAGCAGCCCUUGUCUUCAUUGAAUGAUGCAAUUCAACUGCAGCCUUGCUCUAACAGUAAUUCCCAUAAUUUGUCCAUGCUAAACACGAGGGUAGCUGCUGUCGGGCAACAUUUGGUAUUAAAUGCUAACCAAGCUGUUGAAGUGGCUAACUCAAGUGAAGUUUGUUUGGUGGAAGUAGCUGCUGUUACAUCGGAGUCAUUCGCUGUUGAUCUGGUGGACACCAGUCCACAAAUCGGGACAACUUACUCGCAGGUCAAUGCAGCAAUCGUGGCCCAAACGGACGUGAGUGACUCUCCUAUAAUUCACACGACUCCCCAAAAACAGGAAGCAGACACCACAGCUGGGGCACCAUCGUUUAUAUCCCCGGGGGUUACUGGUGAGGACACAGGGAUGGAAUCAUCCGUUGCCGUUUCAGGACACGUUCAGCCCACAACAAAUCAGACUGUUGUAAGUGCCACAAAGCCAGAGGGCAAUAUUUCUUCACAUGAAGGGAACAAAGACACCCCUGCUCUGACAGAGACUCCUUUACAGAGAAUCCAGAAUGUUGCUUUGCCCACAGAAACCAAACCAGAGGCUGUCUGCACCACUCGCUCCGGCAUUAUAAAUCCAAAGCUGCUCCUUCUUAAACCGGGAGAAACUCUCCUGAAACCCCCACCCUCCUUUUUGGCAAAGGUGUCCAAGCAACAGAAUGCGACCGGCAAGCUGGCCAAUGCCCACAGCUCAUGGUCUGGCACAGUGUCUGAGGAGUGCCUUGCCCAAACUGUCCCGGACUCUUUAUGUCCUUCUGUGGCUCUCAGCGGCCAGAAAGAUCAGACGCAGUGCUCUGUCGAUAAAACUUCUGUGUCAGCGGCCACUCCUGUCAAGGUACAGCAGUCCAGUAAGAGCAGUAACUCAUUUCAACUUGACCAGAAUCCAUUGCUCACCCCCACAUCCUCAACAAGUAAAUCUGACAAAGAGGCCUUAAAUGUUACUGAAACUUCAAGUGAAGCAGAUUCUGCGUCCCAAGAUGUUGUCGCCCUUACAGAUCCUACUGCGCCUUACGCCCUUUACAUGCUCUCAGCAUCAGUGGAAGGGGAAGGUGCAGUAAUGGCAUCUACCAGUCUUAAUGACCCCGUCAACCAACCGGACUCCCUCUAUAUGGAAGAAGAGAGUGAGGACAUGGAGCAGGACGAACCAACGGGAGACACUGAGGCUCUGGAUGCCACUUCAGGCCAGGUCAGCAGUCCAGAGGAAGACAGUGAUGAAGAACCAGACGCAGACAAAGAAAGCGAGAUGAGCACCCUCAGCUCUCCAGACAAGCAUGGACAGAGCAGGACAGACAGACAGACACUGUUCCUUAAGGUACGCCAGUGGAUAGCAGACAGGGUCACUGGGAAUUCAUCUCCCGUCUCACCCUCCACCUCAUCUUACCCCGGUCCCUCCCCCACCAAUGAUUGGUCUACCCCACGACGGGACAAGUCCCUACUCCUCCGGGGUCCCCAUGGGAAGUUUGUGUCUCCAUCCUCCGGGUGUGGCUACAGUCUCUCCACUUCCCCACCAGAUCAUGCCCCCCCUCAGCGACCCCGUGGUCAAGCAGACAUGGCAGAGUUGGCUAAACAUGAAGCAGACAUCGAGCAUCGGACCCAGUCACUGAAGCGAGAGGGCUUCUGGUCGAUGAAGCGUCUCACCCGCCUGACGGAGCCGCCGCGGCCGAAGGUGCACUGGGACUACCUGUGUGAGGAGAUGCAGUGGCUCUCGGCUGACUUUGCUCAAGAGCGGCGCUGGAAGAGAGGGGUGGCUAGAAAGGUGGUGCGAAUGGUGAUGCGACACCACGAGGAGCUGAGGCAAAAAGAAGAAAAGGCCAAGAGAGAUGAGCACGCUAAAAUCCGAAGAGUUGCAUCUUCUAUCGCAAAGGAGGUCCGGGCUUUCUGGAGCAGUGUGGAGAAGGUGGUGCAGUACAAGCAGCAGUCCAGACUGGAGGAAAAGAGGAAGAAGGCUUUGGACCUUCAGCUGGACUUCAUUGUUGGCCAGACUGAGAAAUACUCAGACCUCCUCAGCAAGUCACUUGCACACACCAGACUUGCUGAACCAGAAACUGUCCCCCAGACUCCCAAAAAAUCUGUGCCAGCUGCUGUUGAUGAGGAUGACAGAGACUUUGAGCCUCCUUGUGAGGAGGAGGAUGACGAGGAGACCAUAGAGGUGGAGGAGCAGCAGGAGGGCAAUGACGCGGAGAGCCAUCAGAGGGAGAUUGAACUGCUGAAGGAGGAGGGCAUGCUGCCCCUGGACCAAUUACUCAGCACCCUCAAACGGCCUCAGGAGUCGGGCUCGGACGAAGAAUGCUCGGAUGAAACCUCUUCAUCAGUAGAAGAGGAAGAUGGUGAAUUUACUGCCAAUGAAGAGGAUGCUGAGGAUGAGGAGGACACCAUAGCUGCCCAGGAGAAGGUUGAGGGAAAUGUGGACCAUGCAGAGGAACUGGAUGACUUGGCCAAAGAAGGCGAUAUGAGUGUUGAGGAGCUUCUCGAGAAGUACAAAGGAGCCUAUGCCUCAGACUUUGAGGCGCCGUCUGCAUCUGGCUCUAAAGAAAGCUCUGAUUCGGAGCUGUCUGGGGAUGAGGAAGAGGAGACUGAAGAAGAUGAGAGUGAUGUGGAAAGCAACACUUCCUCCUCAGAAUCCCCAGGAGACAGCGGAGAAGACGAUGACAGCGAGAAGGACGAAGAGGAGAGCGAGGAAGAAGACGAUGACUGUGGAGAUGAAGGGAUGGAGGUCUUGCUAAAGGAGGGGGACAACAGCCCACCUCCCUCCAGCUCACGGCCGAAGAAAGAGAUCAGCCACAUCGCUGCUACUGCAGAGAGCUUGCAGCCGAAAGGCUACACUUUGGCUACUACAAAGGUCAAGACUCCCAUUCCGUUCCUGCUUGAUGGCACGUUGCGAGAAUACCAGCACAUUGGACUCGACUGGCUGGUCACCAUGUUCGAGAAAAAGCUGAAUGGCAUUCUGGCUGAUGAGAUGGGCUUGGGCAAGACCAUCCAGACAAUCGCUCUGCUGGCUCACCUCGCCUGUGAAAAAGGUAACUGGGGCCCUCACCUCAUCAUCGUUCCCACCAGUGUGAUGUUGAACUGGGAGAUGGAGCUGAAACGCUGGUGUCCUGGGUUUAAAAUCCUCACUUACUUUGGCAGCCAAAAGGAGAGAAAGCUAAAGAGACAGGGCUGGACGAAGCCUAAUGCUUUCCACGUGUGCAUCACUUCGUACAAAUUGGUGCUGCAGGAUCACCAAGCGUUCCGCCGCAAGUCUUGGCGAUACCUGAUUCUAGACGAGGCACAAAAUAUCAAGAACUUCAAGUCCCAACGCUGGCAGAGCUUGCUGAACUUCAACAGCCACCGGCGACUGCUGCUGACGGGAACCCCUCUCCAGAACAGCCUGAUGGAGCUGUGGUCCCUGAUGCACUUCCUGAUGCCCCACGUCUUCCAGUCCCACCGCGAGUUCAAAGAGUGGUUCUCCAACCCGCUGACAGGAAUGAUCGAGGGCAGUCAGGAGUACAACGAGGGCCUGGUCAAGAGGCUCCACAAGGUGCUGAGGCCGUUCCUGCUCCGGAGGAUCAAGAUCGACGUGGAGAAGCAGAUGCCCAAGAAAUACGAACACGUGGUGCGCUGUCGCCUCUCCAAGAGACAGCGGUUUCUCUACGAUGACUUCAUGGCCCAGGCCUCGACCCGGGAGACGCUGGCCAGCGGUCACUUCAUGUCUGUGAUAAACAUCCUCAUGCAGCUCCGCAAAGUGUGCAACCACCCCAACCUGUUCGACCCCCGACCCAUCCAGUCUCCCUUCAUCACGAAGCCCAUUGUUUUCCAUACUGCCUCCCUGGUGCAGGAUGCCCUGGAGGUCUCCCCUUUAAAGCGCUGCGAUCUUUCUAUGUUUGACCUUGUGGGUUUGGAGAGCCGCGUGUCCCGGUACCAGGCAGAUGUCUUCCUGCCGCGACACAAGGUCAGCCGCCAACUAAUCCAGGAGAUCAUGGACUCCCCUGAACCCCCUCCCAGACCCAGACCAGUCCGCAUGAAGGUCAACAGGACGUUCCAGCCGCCUCCUAAAAGUGAUAAUCGAGCAGUCCUACUGGUGAACAAGCCUACCUGCUCGGUACCCCCUGCAGCACAGACCCCCAAACCUCCUCCAGUUACUGAAGUCUCCUCAACUCCUGCCCCUGUAGUUCAACAAGUGGUGUGUUCGGUGUCGACCACGGCCGCUCUUCGCCCGUCCAUGCACCUUUCAACUCAAACUGCAGUGAGAGCCGGCGCCCCAAAGCCAGUGCUGAGCGUACGGCCCCCCGCUGCCCCAUGCACAGCCGGCAUCCCGGCUCAUCCCAGUCCAAACCCCGGCAGCGUCCUGCCCCAGAGGGUUCUGCUCAGUCCAGAUAUGCAGGCGAGGUUGCCCUCUGGUGAGGUAGUGAGCAUAGCCCAGCUUGCCUCCCUGGCAGGGCGACCUGUGUCCUCCUGCCAGGGCAGUAAACCCGUCACCUUCCAGCUUCAGGGCAACAAGCUGACUCUGUCUGGAGCCCAGAUCCACCAAGUCCCAGCAGCCUCUCCACGCCCAGUUCACGGUAAUGUGAUGCACCUGGUGUCCAGCGGGGUGCAGCACCACCUCAUCAGCCAGCCUGCCCAGGUGGCUGUCCAGAGCGCAGCCAGCACACAUCCUGCAAACACCUCUACUGCUCCACCUACCAAUCGGCUGCCGCACAAUGCCGUAGCACAAGUGCCCCCCGCCAUAGUGAGCAGCCCCGGCGUUGUGAAGAUCGUUGUACGUCAGACAGCAGGCAAGGAUGGCGGGCCUGUGCCCACCCUGGCAGUGGCCCCUUCCCCUCGUGUUGCUCCUCAUACUUCCCUUUUCCCGCACCCCCACGCCAACACAACCUCUGUCAGAAACACUGGCCCGCUGCAGAUUGUUCAGCGCACCCCUGGUCCCGCUACUGCCCACUACACCAUAGCUCCUCCCGGAAUCCCUAGCUCAACCCCAAACCAGCCCCACCCUCCUCGCCCCGUCCUCAAAGUAGUGCAGCCUCCUCCAUCAAGCACAGAGCAGCCAGCUCCAGUUCAGCUGGCCUCCACGUCCUCUGCGUCAAAGGCAUCUUCAUCAGCACCACGUGACCGGAGCGGUCAAACACCAGUUACCACAAAGACUAGGUCCAGUACAAGUGCAAAGGCUUUCCCUCCACCCAGGAGAGUCCCCCGUCCACCUCCUCGUUCUCCGUUCCACAUGCAAUGGUUGGCAGACUGCCAUAAGCAGCAGCGCAACAGCCGGCUGGACUUCAUCAUUCGAGUCAACGAGAACCACUGCACGGCAAAGCCCAUGUACGGCCGGGAGGUUUUGAACUUUUUGACUUUUCUCCCUGGUCCCCGUCCCUCGCCAGCCGCCCUGAGCCCUGAGGGGGAGUGGGGCCGCUCGGGCCACAGCAGCUGUCUGUACGCACAGUGGCAAAACAAAUACGACUUCUGGUUUCAGAGUCACGCUGUGAGACAGGCCAUCCACAGCAUUGAUGACAGGCUGGAGCUGCUCAAUGAUAUUAUAGACAGGUUUACAUUUGCGAUUCCCCCAGUGGAGGCUCCUCCGAUCUCCAUGCACUGCUGCCAUCCUCCUCCCUCUGUAAGCCAUAAGCAGGCAGUCUUCUCCACCCUGCUGUCAACUCAAGUCACUCCGCUUACUCGCAGUCUCCAUCGCAUCCAGUGUUACAUGCGGACCCAGUUUCCAGACCUGAGGCUCAUACAGUAUGAUUGUGGUAAGCUGCAGACUCUCCACACUUUGCUGCGAAAGCUGAAGACCGGAGGUCACAGAGUGUUGAUCUUCACCCAGAUGACGCGUAUGUUGGAUGUGCUGGAGCAGUUCCUUAACUACCACGGACACAUCUACCUCCGUCUGGAUGGCAGCACCCGUGUGGAGCAGAGACAGGCUCUAAUGGAGCGCUUCAACGCAGACCGGCGUAUUUUCUGCUUCAUUUUAUCAACUCGCAGCGGAGGUGUAGGGGUGAACCUGACUGGGGCCGACACAGUAGUUUUCUACGACAGUGACUGGAACCCCACCAUGGAUGCUCAGGCACAGGACCGCUGCCACCGAAUCGGCCAGACCAGAGACGUCCACAUCUACAGGCUGAUCAGUGAGCGAACAGUGGAGGAGAACAUUUUAAAGAAAGCCAAUCAGAAGAGGAUGCUGGGAGAUAUGGCUAUUGAAGGAGGGAACUUUACCACUGCCUUCUUCAAACAGCAAACCAUCCGAGAGCUGUUUGAUAUGAACGAAGGGGAGAAGAGGGAUGUGGCAGCGGAGCUAUCAGUGCCCCAACCUGAGGAGGAAGAGGCAGUCAACAAGCAGAGCACCACCAUUCUGGAGCAGGCCCUGUGUCGUGCCGAGGAUGAGGAGGACAUAGUCGCAGCCUCACAGGCCAAAGCAGAGCAGGUGGCUGAACUGGCGGAGUUCAACGAGAACAUACCGCUGGACGACGGAGGGGAGCAAGAGGAAGUGGAGGAGCUCUCGAAGGCCGAGCAGGAAAUCGCUGCUCUGGUGGAGCAGCUCACUCCCAUUGAACGCUACGCCAUGAACUUCCUGGAAGCCUCAUUAGAAGACGUCUGCAAGGAGGAGUUGAAGCAGGCUGAGGAGCAAGUGGAGGCCGCCAGGAAGGGCCUGGACCAGGCCAAGGAAGAGGGCCUGAAGCUCCACGCUUCAUCCGAUGACGAGGACGAUGACUUUUUGUCGCCGCCAGCGUCUGUGGAGCCUGCUCAGCCAGCCCGCCGAGGCCGUAAACCCAAGGACAAGGACAAGAUUGUCACCUCUACAAGGACUAGUGGUCGGCUGCGUGGGGCUUCGCCCGAAACUGAGUCUGAGCCCACGUCCCCAAGAGAAGUGCCUGAAAGACUCCGCUGUGGUCUGAGAGGACGAGGAUCUGCCAAAGACGCCACGUCUGCCACCCCGUUCCGCACAGACCAUCACAAAACCUCUUCAUCGACCAGGCUUCAGGAUUCCUCCAAACCUUCGAAAGCCUCAUCUCCUGCCAGAGAUCACCAGACUAUCAAAACUAGGACUCUGCCAAACCGCUCCCAUCCAAGUUCAGUGCCUUCCCCUCUUACCACCUCCCCCCCUGGAGGAAAACAACAGUGUGCCGGGGAGAGUGACGGCAAGACCUCCAAAGCCUGCAGGGAGGAGAAAGACGGGGAGAAUGAGAGGAGGCUGUCUGAGUCUUCGCUAGAAUCCAGCUGCCCAUUGGACCAACAGGCAAAAGAUGAGGACACCAAAGACAACAGCGACAUGUCUCCCCCCUCCACCAGCUCCCGGUCGCCUCGCAAGCGCCAGUCAGCAGACGGCGAAGUCCUUCGGGGCCUGGUUGAGGACUCCCCAUCAGCCAAAGUCCUGCGGAAGCUUCCAGGGCGGCUGGUCACGGUGGUGGAGGAGAAGGAGCCGAGAAGGAGGAGGCGGAGAGGAAGCGGCACUGGAGGUGGAGCUUCUUCAGAGGAGGCAACCGUGGAGGAGAACACUGCCGGAUUGGUCGACGAACCAAACAAAGACAGCACAUCACCGUUGGGCCCUGACUGUAAAACUAAAGGAGCCGUUACCAAAUCUCCUCAGGACCCAGACUCUACUCCGAGUCCGUCUGUGCACCCACCGCCUGUCAGAAGUUAUCCUCCAUAUUCCCCAUCCCAUCUUUCUCCUGACAUGCCUGUGCUGAGAAAUCUUCCUGUACGGCGCAGGUUGGAAACUGAAUCUCGCAUGGCCGCCCAGCUCGUAGAGCAACAGCAGCAACUGGGUCGAGGAAGAGGAGGGAACCAGUCCAGAAAAACUGACACACCACCUGGCAAAGACUCUUCCUCUACAGAGUCCAGUGUGAAUUCUCUCACGACACCUUUGAAAAGAAAGAGGGGCCGGCCCCCUAAGACUCCUCCUAGGUUACCCGAGUCUGACAACACAGUGGCCACCUCCCCACAGCCUUCCUUGCCAGUUGAGGAGGGGAACCCCCCUCUCUCCCCAAAACGUAAGAGGGGUCGUCCUCGCAAAGACUCCACAACCACGCCAGAAACCGUAAGUGAAGGACAGAACUCUAAAAAUGAGACUACUACUACGGGUGUAUCUGGUAUAUCAAAAACCGAUGCCAGCACAGAGUCAACUGUCUUGUCUCCCCACAAGUCGGAAACCCCUAUAGCUGCUGUUGUCACUACAAGUCAGGCCUCCCAGUCCAUCAAAAAGGAGGAAACCGACACUAAGACUGAGAUUUCAGCCCCUGCUCCAAACCCAGAAGGAGCCCCCACAACAACAACAAAAGAUAAAGCUUCUACACCAACAGUCGCAGCCCCCACAACACCUGCACCCCUCCCUGUGGUUGCCUCCACAUCAGCCUUGGCCCUAUUUGUUAGUUCAGCUACAGCAUCAACGCAGGUGUCCCCUGCAUCCUCUGUCACACUUUCUAUGUCUGCAAUUAGCCCCGUUGCAGCUCCCCCCACUCCGACAACUCCAGUGCCACCUGCCAGUGCUGUCACACCAACUCUUGCAGACAUAAAACAAACACUUGUGGUUUCCACUGCUCCUAAAGCUCCCGAAGAGCUGAACCCUUCAGGUUAUACAACAGACUCUGUCGAAACCACCACAGUUUCCACACCAGCUGCUACCACUCCAUCAACGGUGUUGUCUUCUGUCGUGGCUGUCAGCGCAAUUCCAACAUCAGUACCUGCCACAACGAUUACAGAAGCUGCGAACGUAAUAUCAAAAACAGUCAGCGUGACACCAGCAGUCACUACCACAGUGAAAUCAGUCACAGCUAAAACUACGGCUGUUGACUUGCCGCAAGCUUCUGCUCUUUCAUCGCCAUCUACCCCAGCUGCUGUAUCCUGUGCUCCAACUUCUCUAUCUUCCGCUCCAACUGCCUCACAGAAGGUUUCUGCUAUAACAUCUACCCUAGCUACUGUAUCAACUGCCCCAUGUACUGAAUCCUCUGCCCCAGCUACAUUAUUAUCCGCCCCAGCUUCUGUAACCUCUGCUCCAGCUGCCUCCCAGAAGGUUUCAGCUACAGCCACUAGCCCAGCUUCAAUUUCACCACAACCAACCUCGACAUCUUCCCACACUACAGCAACAACUCUGACAACAACAGUAAAAGCAGCCCAAGCUAGUCCAUCAAACUCAACAAGUCCAAGCACAGUCCCCACUGCAAGCCCAACGAUGUCUACUCCUAGCACACCAUCAGUAACAACGGCCUCCUCAUCGGCUGCAAACACAAUUCCGUCUUCUUCAGCUCAAGCAAAGACUAAUGUGACGACAACUAAAGUCCCUUUCAAACCCGUCUCAACCUCGCCACCACCAACCGCUCAAGUGGCAACACAGGCACAGGAAACUGUUCCAGUUGUUUCCACGUCGUCAACAAAACCUGCUGCUACACCAACCCCACCCUGCCCUCCUUCCCCAACUACAACAUCUGCCAGUGAGACCGCCACAGCCGAGGCAAAGACAGUUACAGUACCGUCAUCUCCCCCAACAGAGCGAGCAGAGGGGGUCCAAGAAACGACCCCUGUAGCAGCCGCAGCCCCUUCUUCCAAAGAACACCCAACUUCAACAACUCCUGCUGCAGAAAAGUCUGUCAUGAUCCCCCCACCCCAAGUAGGAACUUCCACAGGUGCCUCAGGCACCACAACUACAUCUCCAGAAGACUCCAUCACAGUUGCCACCACAAACGCCACAACUACCCAAGUAUCGACUACCACAGCCGCCCCUGUGUCCGUAGCAACCGUAGCAGCUACCGCAGCUGCCCCGGCCCAAACGCUUCCUCCUGUGUCCACCACACAAACGUCUGCUGUCGUUUCCCUGCAAGCACGAAGCUCUGCAUCCACAGAUGUUUCCCCAGAUGUGUCUUCAGCAGCCCGGACAGAGGCCCUGCCCCCGGUUCCCACAUCUGCAUCUGCUAGUGUUUCGUCUGAGACAACGAAAGUGUCUGCAAAGAAAGUGUCUGCAUCUAAAAGUGACACGGACAGCGUGACCGGAAUGGAGGUAGACGCUGCGGAGCCGGAAUCAAGGUCUAGCAAGAAGGAUGACCAACAGGAGGACAUCUGCGAGUCUCGGCCUAAAAAGGAGGACAUCUGUGAGUCUCAGUCUAACAAGGAGGACAUCUGUGAGUCUCGGCCUAAAAGGAGAAAGGUGGAGCGUUCCUCUGAGACCAAAGGAAGGGAGAGAGGAGGCGGAGAUGCACAGCCUGCAACUGCCACUCACAAAGAAGAACACAAGCAACAGACAGUUGAGCAGACUGCUGAAGAUCAGAAAACUCCAAUCCAGAAAAGACCUCUUAGUCGCCAGAGUAGCCAGGAGUCUGCUCAGUCCUCUUCGUCAUCUUCCGGGUGCUCAACCCUCACUCGUCACGCUCACCACAAGAGGACUUACGAGAACCGACAUCCCGCCAAGAAGAGGCGAAUGGACGUUACCUCAGAAACGGGGAAAGAGGAGAAAAACGCAGAGGGUCGGGUGAAGGAAGGAGAAGGUGGCGAGAAGGCGCUCACCACCGCUACGUCUCGGGGAAGGCGUUCCAGUUCUUCCUCCUCCUCCUCGGACUCUGACAACAGCGAGAGCAGGAAGGAGCGCCGAUUGACUCGCUCAGCCAAGCACGGGCUACAAGAUCUAGAGAGGGAAAAGGGCAACAGCCGGCAAGGAAAGAAACCCACGUGCAGCUCUGACAGAAAUGCGUCAAACAACGCCAACACCUCCACAGGUGGAGAGUCCGGCAGCGACACGUCUUCUGUUAGGAUCACCAGACGGUGUGCCGGAGCUCAGCCUUUACAAGACAGUAAAGCUCAGACGAACAGCGUAGUGCCUCCUGAGCCCGAAGUUCUGGGGAAGAGGUGCUCUGCACUCAAUGCGGCAGCCAAGCUCCUAGCGAUGAAAGGCAGGGUGGACACCCCUGGCCACACCCCUCGGAAAGACUCAGGUGCUAAGGCCGCUGGGACUUCCCCUGCCUCCUCUUCUGACAAAAACCAAAAGCCUAAAAGCAAAGUUGUACCAGCCUCUCCACAGAGUAACUCUGUAAAUGUUACUAAUAAUAAAAGCGCUGGUAGCAAACCCUCACUGCCCAACCAGACAAGCCGCCCUGCUUCCCGCUCCACCAGACAGUGCCCCGGUUCUCUGGUUCCGCCCCUGGAAGCGGAGUACAAGAGGUCUAAAGCAGAGGAAAAGGAGAGGGGGAGCAGGAAGUCGUCGGGGGGGAAGGAAGGCGAGGCAGAAGCCCAGUCCUCGUCCCGGGGCCACAGUGCCUGCAGCAGCAUGAGCAGUGACGGCGAGGGGGGCGGGCGCAGCAGCAGAAGCCGCAGCAGCAGCAGCAGCAACAGCAGCAGCCGAUGUACCCGCAGCAUCAGCUCUCAGAACACGGAGCGCAGGGAGUCCCGCGCCACGUCCUCCGGCAGCGAGAGGGACCGCAGCUCGGAGAACAGAGACAAGCAGGGCCAGCACAGGGAGAGUCGGAAGGACAGGAGGUCUCACAGGCUCUCGCAGGAGGUGAACAGCAGUUCAGGGACGGAGGGGACGCCGGACAGAGUGCUGCGUAGUGUCGCCGCACUCGCGGCGGUGCAGGCCAGGUCACCGGCCGCAAGCACCCGCUCCUCUUCUGGUCAGAAUCGUCACAACAAGACAUGAUCAGAGUGCCAAAACGGAGAAGAAAAACGGAAGCGAGAGUGCGUUGCAGAGCACGAUACGAGAGCAUGUCCCGACCUGUAAGGUUGCUGCUUUGUGUGCACUCUGAUGAAUGCAAGGGAACGGAGUGCCGCACAAGCCAGGGACCUCCCUGCCUCUUGGGCCCUCUCCCUUUCCAAUUAGAGCUGGUCCGCUCACCAGCUCAGCCAUUGUCAGCCGGGGGAAGGCUCAGGGAUGCCAGACUGAGAGUUAAAAAAAAAAAAAAUGCGGCGCCAUUGCUGUGCGCCCGUAAACAGAGAGGUGGUACAGUGGAUACAUUCACCACUUGGACUUGAGGGGGACAAAGGUGCAAAAGGUAAUAAAGGAAAGUUGUUAGUUGACAUUAUGUACUGUAAUCAUUAAAGACUGGAACACUCAGAUCUUAUGUGUUAAGACGGGAUCAUACAGCGCCCUCCGUAAGGGUCAGAAAUGAAGUCAUUUGUGUGACAUUAAAAACUAAUGAGCGCAAGAGUGACCAGUUGUAUUGUAAGUUGGAGGUUUUAGAGAGUUUGGUUUUGAAAAAUUUCAUCAGCUGACCUGACUAUCGUUUCUUUGUAGUCAGUCGAUAAGUUAUGCAUAUUUUAUUAUUUCUUCCAGGGUAUUAGGAAGAGACCAGAUCUGUCAAUGUGAUCUUUGCUGCACUAUGCUGGAGCUUGUCUUUGCUUGGGCCCCCCUUUCUGUCAUGUUACGUUUCUGUUCAUUGGAUUAAUUUUUAAAUCCAGCCUUGCGUUUCUCAUUUGCACAUCUGAUAGUGUGGCCCUCUGCAUUUUGAGUACAUUGUGGUGUAGUAAUACGUUUUUACAUCACUGUCAACUUCAGCCGAUUAAUUGGUUCCUGGUACCCCACGAUGUAUCUCAGCAGUUUGAAAGUGCAUUAAUUGAAGUUGCAAAUUGUCUUGGAUCAUCUUUUGCUUCUGACCACCGAUCUGGAGCAGCAUAAAUUAAUUUUCUUUUUCCUAAUCUUCCCAAAUGCGGUAAUAGUUACGGUCCACUUGGUCAUGUAUUUAUAUCAAAAGGGCAAGUAAAUGUUAUCGAAAUGAAGAGUGCCUCUCUGGCCAAAUGGGUUUGAACCUUAGAUUGCCUUGUGAAGCACCUGAAGCUGGGGUGUUGAGCUUCUCUCCUUAUUUAAAAAAAGAAAAAAAAAAAAAAAAAAAAAAAAAAAAAAAAGCCAAACAAAACAUGACCGAGAACAUCACAAAAAGCACCUCGUGCAUCAGUGCUACCAAAUUGUUUUAUUUUCACCUGAAACUUUUUUCAGCAUCACUUCAUUGCUUCUCGUUCA